AUGGAGUACGUUACUACACAAGCAGCUCAACACAUUAGAUCCUGGAAAGCACAUAUUUUAAGAUCAAUUAAUCAGGACGCAGCACGACACGACAUUUUAAAAGUCUUGGAUUCUCAUUCUGCACUUAUCGUUCUAGACUGGGCAAUGAAAUUCAUUCCUCGCAAAUACCGUGAAAGCCAGAGAGAUUGGUUUGCAAAACGGGGACUUCCUUGGCACAUAGCGGUAUUAACAAAGAAGAAUGAUGAUGGCGACCUCCAAGUUCUUACUUUUUUGCACUUGUUCAAGUCUUGUAGCCAGGAUAGUGGCGCUGUUGUUGCAAUCAUUCAUGACGUCUUAAGUCAGCUCUCAACCAUUGCACCAGAGGUGCACACCGUAUAUCUGCGUCAAGAUAAUGCAGGGUGCUACCACUCUGCAUUAACUCUGCUUUCUCUGCCAACGAUAGAGAGAUCAACUGGAAUUCAAAUCAGACGUAUCGAUUUUUCCGAUCCCCAAGGGGGGAAGGGAGCGUGCGACCGAGAGGCAGCUCAUAUUAAAAAUCACAUGAAUAAAUACCUGAAUUCAGGGAACGAUAUCGAAAAUCCCGAGCAAAUGAAGACAGCAAUCGAGUCCUUUGAAGGCAUCCGAGGAGUGAAAGUAACAGUGUGCGCUCCACCACCUGGUGUCAAGGGAAUGGCAGGGGAAUGGAAUGGUGUGAGUCUCAUUAACAACAUAGAGUACCGCAAUGAGUCCAUGACGGUGUGGAUGGCAUACAGUAAUGGUCCAGGCAAAGUCCUUCCUUUGACCAAUUUCUGUCGACCCCCAACGGCACCAAAACUUAUCCAUAGCGAGGAAACCGAGGACACAGUAUCAUUCGUCGCAGUGAAAGCAAGACAACAACCCAAGAAAUCUCGCGAACAAAAUAAUACUGAUCCAAUGGAGGAUGAAAGCAACGAUGAAAAAGUCGACACGUACAGCAAAUUAUUUCUCUGUCCUGAACAAGGCUGCAUUAAAUCAUUCCACAGGUACUCUUCUCUAGAAAGACAUUUGCAUUGUGACAACCAUACCUACGUACUAGAGCAUGAAACCCUUUAUGACAAGGCUAUGAAGCUAUAUGCAACAAAACUGGAAGAAGGAUCCGGUAAAAACCCGAUACCAACGGAGUUAGAGAGCGUCGAGUUGCCAGAGCCAGAUAUUGGCCCUGAACUUCAGAUGGGCUGGGCUUUGAGAACUUCCACUAAGGGAAAGCGGUUUUCCGAUGUUCAGAAGAAGUACCUGGUUGACGUGUUUGAUGCUAGAGAGCAAACAGGGCGAAAAGCCGAUCCGGGUGAUGUGUCAAGAGCAAUGAGAUCUACAAGAAACAGCGACGGCUCGCGACUUUUUAACAAGGGCGACUUUUUAACACCGCAGCAGAUUGCAAGUUUUUUCUCACGAUUGGCGAAAAAAAGAAGGGAAAAUACAUCGGGCGAUAAAGAUAAUGAAGAAAGGGGUGAUGGUGAUGACAAUGACUACGAGGAAGACGAUUUAAAUAAGAAAGAUUUCGAAAAGAGAAGAGGACAAGAAAUCGAAGAAUUAUCAGCUUCCUUGAUUGACGCAAUUGGCCUGAAGCAUCCAAUAAUGUUCGAUAGGCACAAUAUUUGUGAAUUAACAAGUCAAAGAAAACUUUCCAAAUUCUCUGUUUACAUGCUACAAGAAAUUUGUUCGUCAUUCGAACUUAAUAUUACUGACAGCACUGGCAAGCGCAAAUUCAAAAAACCGUACAUUGAUUUGCUAGAAAAACUGGUUCAAAGUUGCGGUUGCUGA